AUGGGCGGGUUCAGCGGCGCUACAGGUCUCGCGGUGUACCGCGAAGAAGACGAUGAGGAGCUGUUCGAGACAUCGUCUUCGAUCUCCGGCGACUCCGACGACGAGGAGGACCAGUUCUCCGAUGGGGAGGGCGCCGGAGCUCUGGAGCACCUGUUUACGCAGCAAUCGCAGCAGCCGGUGCGGAGAUUGAAUUCUGACAGCCUCUACGAUCUGUCGUCUAUGAUGGCACAGCUCCCUGUCAAGAAAGGGCUAUCCAAAUACUAUGACGGCAAGUCUCAAUCGUUCGCGUGUAUGUCUGAGGUGAGGUGCCUGGAAGAUCUGCGCAAGAAAGAGACACCCUACAAGAAGAUGAAGGCAUCCAGGAGUUAUGUGGCAUUAGACGCAGAGCAGGACUGUCAUGCCCGGUCCUAA